UUUUAUAUUUUUACGGGCCAAGGGGUAGGACAGUGAGUGAUUUUGAGAAAAUUUGAAUAGAAUUGAGUAACAUUGAGCCACGCAUGUUCUUCAGAAUUUCUCAAUCGUCACCUUGAUUUUCACAAACGACGUAACUAAUUUUGACAUUGACAUUUCAACGCUGACACUGACAUUUCGCAAAACAAAACAAAAACAGCGAAAGUCUUGGUGGUGGAAGCGUAAAUUUCUCUGCGACACGCAAAAUCGACGGUUCUUAUUCCUUGCCAUGAGUUGAUUUGUUUCAGAUGGCAAUGGCGAAUACGGUCAAAACGAACACAACAGAAUGUGAACAGGAAAAGAUUACAUCCCAGCUGGUUGGCCCAUCGGGAAAGAGAUCCAUCCCAUCCUUUUCCGAAACUGUCUGAAAAGUCCGCAGGCCAACCGGCCGAAAAGAAGGAGAAUUAGCUAGCUGCUGCUUCCGGCUCGGGUGAGAAGAAACCGGUCGCCACCGAGAAGAUGUCAGCUAAAAAGCGUCCGGCUGCUGAGGCUGCUAAUGCCACCGCCAAGGUCAAGAUGUCUACAAUAUCAUGAAGUACCCACUGACGACGGAAGCUGCGAUGAAUAAAAUCAAGAACAACAAACCACUGGUGUUGUUAGAACGUCCGUACGGUGAUCAUCAAAAAGUGUUCAAUGUUCCGUUUGGUCACAUCGCUGAACACAAGCCCGGGUGUAUGAUAGUGUGAAGCGAUAGUCUACGAGAUGUCUGGAAGAGAUGUAUUCUCAACUACAUUUUUUGUUCUCUGUCCCGCUGUGCACUUGCGUGUCCAAGCAACAUGUAAGCCGAAAAGGCACUGCCGAAGCACCACAGGCGGUUCAUCAGCAUUACUCACUCGCAAAUUAGGUGUUUUAACAAUUAAAUUACUCUAUUCAUAAAUCUUUUGAAGGAGAUCCCAAUAAACAAACGUUUUUAAAAUAUAUUUGAAAUACACAUUUGAUUGAAAGUGCUGAUUAAACAAAAAUCCGUAGAAUGCACCCACCGGGGCACACGCAGUUUGCCGAAGGACUACAGUUGUUCUCGACGUCACACGACGGUAGAUCCGGAUCUUCCGGCUGAGCCUCCAACAACCGGCAGAUCUGGUCAAACGCGUACUCGAUUAAGGCGUAUCCGGUAGGACAGGUACAACCCUGAACUGUGCAGAAGGGCGCGAUCUCGUCUGAAACAGAAGAUUCAUAGUAACAGCAAGCAGGUAGAAUCCACGACAAACUUACACUCUUCAGUGGAGCCUUGUCGAACGCAGGUCUCACCGUUCCACACGUGUUCCGCAUCGCACGGGUUCUCGCACACGAAUCCAUCUCCAGCGUAGCCGGUUUUGCACUCACAGCGUCCGUUGAUGCAGUCCGCAAACUCGCAAGCUUAAAACAAAUCACGAUCAUGUAUCUCCUUACUUCGCACCGAUCGUCUUCCUGCGGCGCUUCCCGGUGUUCCGGUUCCCGUGGCGUGUCCACCUCGUAGUACGUGCUCGGUGGCGUCGGCACGAUCACCGAGCUGGUUGACGAUCUCGCCCGCUUACACUUGUACCCGUUACCUUCGAAGCCCGGAUGGCACACGCAGUUGUAACCGCCCGGCUCGUUGAUACACUGGGCGUUCUCGUCGGAGAUGUUCACGCCGGAGCAUUCGUCGAUUACGACGCAGUUGACGCGAUCGUUGGCCGCGUACGGCACCUACGUGAAGCCGUUCUUGCAGUUGCACUGGAAGGAUUCAUAAUUGGUUAGUGGGGUAUCGAUCAUUGGUGUAAGUUGGAACUUAAGUCAUACGAAUCGUCUCCGUUCGGCACGCAGACGGCAUUCGCUCCACAGUUGGCAUCGCCGCAAGGGUUCAGUCGCUCUCCGGAGGUGACCUUGCUCAGCAUUCCCAUGCGGAUUGCCUUCUCUCAAGGUUCGUAGCCCAGGUUGAUCUUGCUGGUCUUCAGGGUUGCGACGCGUUUCGCUGCGCUGUCAGUCUCCAGGAACUUGCAAGAUUCGAACGUGAUCACCUGGUGGAUGGUGUACGACAGCUGGCGAUCCUCCGACGGAACGUGCGUGGCCAUUUUCAAACAUACAAUUUUACGGAUGUCGCAGCGGGAAUGGCCUGCGCUAGGGUCACACGGAACAAGCUAAAGGUCAACACUCGGCCUGUUGAUGGCAGCUUGGCCUACAAUUCUAGAACUGCCUCUUGUCGCACUCAAUGUUAAUCGCACCGACGGAAGCAUCCCUGCAAUAACUUCCGCGUCGAAGGCCAGUUUAUCUUCCCGGAAUGAUCCGGAAAAUCGGCUUUGAAUCGGGGAACUUGGCAGCAUCUUAACCUGAUUUUUUUCCAAUAUUGUUUGUAAACAUGCUUUUAUCUCCCUCAAGAUCUGUCUUUUAUCUGUCAAUCUGUACGUGUUCACACAUUCCGUAACCCAAUUGAAAAUCAUUCAGAAGUCAAAUUAAGCAACUUUGAGUAAAACUGAGUAUUUUUGGUAAAUUGAGUCACUCAGUUACUCACUGGCCCAAAUCCUUGGAGGUUGAGUAAAAUUGUGUAAGCGAUAGUUAUUCAAUGUUUACGAAAACCGUAACGAAUUUUGACAUUUGGAACUUUGAAGAUUAAUUUUUGACGGACGUGUUGUUUGCAGCUUUCCACGUGGUUUUUAGCUCAAAUUUUUGUAAUCCGCAAGAAUAAUCCUGUACAUCUGGCAAGAAGUUAAAUAUGGAAGUUGACAAGGACGUGGAAAUAUUCUGGGGGUCUGUGGAGGCAGAAGUAGGCCAUGUGCCAAAGCACAUAAAAAAUAUUCUGUUGCUCCAAGGGCUAGUCCCCAACGCAGCACUUGGAACCAUCACUCGAGAGGACCUAAAGGAGGUGGAGGAAGACAUGCGAAACAGAGCGGGACUUUUACGGAAGAAGCUGGCUCACGAAGUUACUAUGCCGGACUACUAUGGCCUUUUUGGAGAUUCACCCGAAGACUUCCGGUUUUCCCUGGGGGAAAAACGGAUUGUGGAGACGAUCGUUAAAACAGUGCAGACAAACGGGCUGCCGAAGCUACUGCGGCGUGAAACCACGGGUCACUCCACGCUCUCUGCAACUCCAAGUUCUGAUCAAGUCAGCGAGGACGUCGACUGCGAGAAUCUGGUGAAACGCCUCAAAUACCGUUUCAGCGAAAAGUAAGUGCUGGACGGUUUUUGUCAUUAAUUUCAUUUCUUGAUGCCAUUUUUGUGUCAUCCGCAGGGGCUUCUUAAAUGUUUUCCCCAACCUGAAUGAUGGCAUCGAGGUGAAGGUCCGGAGCGUAUCUGGUCGCCGGAAAGGUUUCGUGAAGUGCCCUAUCUGUGGUGGCGAAAGGAAACUAACUCGCGAAAACGGCCAGUCUUGGAAGACUCAUAACAUGGAACGUCACAUGAUGCUUCACGUUACUACACCACUUAUCGACCAACGUAGUGCAACGGUCAACAAUCAAGAUCAAGAAGAUGAGCAUGCACAUAAUUCCGAGAAUCCCGAGCUGAUGCAGCAACCUUCUGGCAAAAAACGCCGCCGCCGAACCCGCGUUGUUGCAGCUGACGAAGUGAUGCGCGAAGGUCAGAGUGUGGGUGACGAUGGAAAUCCGUCGGGCGGUCUGAUUGCGGGUAUCUAUCUUGAGGACCAAAUGGAUGAAACACAUCGCAGAAUCAAAACCAAGCGCCGCGGUGACCCGAACGAGAGUUUCGUCUUUGCGGAUGGCGACAUGGGCCUAGAGCGCCAUACGGACGAAGCCGACGACGGACAUGCGUCGAGCGGUCUGAUCCCCAGUCGUGAGGAUCAAAUACAAGAAACGCAACGCAUUAUGAAAACCGAAGGCCGCGGUGACCCGAACGAGAGUUUCGUCUUUGCGGACGGCGACAUGGGCCGAGAGCGGCAUACGGACGGGGCCGACGACGGACAUCCGUCGAGCAGUCUGAUCCCCAGUCUUGAGGAUCAGAUGCACGAAACGCAGCGCACUUUAAAAACUAAAUCUGCGGCCGGCGGUCCCAGAUUCCCGUCGGACGAGUUUUCGCGUGUGACGAAGGAUUGCUUGAUGGGUCCAGUUACGGUCGAAGGAGGUUUUGGUUACGACGAUCUGAUUGUUGAAGAUAAAGAUCAAGCAGAAGAUUUCGAGAAUUCCGAUCGCGACGACCUGGAUGAGGAUCAACGGGAUAAUGCCGGCCUACCCAGCGACGAUCUAAGUUUGACCGACCGUGCGGCAGAAGAUUCCGGCGAGAACGAUGAGAGUGAGUUUCAAAAUAACCAAAUAAAAACAAUUGAGAAUAAUGACCAAAACUAUGGCACACAGACACGUACUGUUGACCUCAAAAUCAUUUCUCUACAAUAGAUUGAUAAGAAGUUAAAUAAAUCAAUGAUCAUUUUGUUAUAAUUUUAUUAUUUUUUUAUCAUU